CAACGAACCAGUCGUUCCACCCUUCCUAUUUCAAUCAUCUAGAUUGUCUACCAUGCUCGCCUGACAAUAACAACACCAAUCUGAUUCUACUAACUGAGAACAUUAUCAUAGCACCACCUGGCGCGAUGGAUUCUCCAUCUAGCGCGAGAUCGAGCCCCUCGAAGAGCCCAUCUAAGAGCCCGUCCAAAGCCCUCAACCCCCUAUCGCCCGAGCGGAUGAAUCAACAACCAGGAUCAGGCUCGCCGGUCUACCCGGAACUCAGGGCUACGCAACGGAAGAGCAGGGGGAUGUCUGACGUGCAAGCCAAAGUCGCCUAUCUCAACGGCCUCUCCCGCAACGGUAGUCCGGCAAGCGCAGCCCAGACAUCGGCAGCGAAUACAGCGGCGCUACAGCGCGCCAUUUUGGGCCGCGAGGAAGCGGAAUCCUCUUUGGCUCACGUCUCUACUCAACUGUCCGAGGCCCAAUCCCGCGAGCGUCGGAUAAGCGAGAGACUCGAGUCAUUGUUGGAAGAACUGCACACGACCAAGGAGCGCCAGGCCAACGAGAGAAGCAUUUUCGAAAAGGAAAUUCGAAAAGCGCGAAAAGAAGCUUUCCGCGCCGGUUCAACGCUAGUCAAGACACAAGAGGAGCUGAAGCAUGCCAAGGCGGAAUCUAGAGUACUCAAGGAUGAGCUCCAUCAUGAGCGAAGCGCGAAGGAGCAGGCCAGGCAAGAAGCAUUUGAGCGGGCAUACACUCUGGCUGGUCUGACAGAAGAGCUGGAAACCGUCAAGGAACGCCUGCGGUCGGCCGAAACGAACAACCAUUCCGAAAGUCUGCAAGCACAAGCCCACGAGAUGCACCAAGAUAACGUCGGGAGAAUGUCGCUGGCGGAGGGAGAUCUCGCCAUGUUCGCGACGCCCACUCCACGGAGGCCUAAGCGACCAGCCGAUGGACCAGCUGCCUCGCCAAUGACCAACCAAUCUCAUGAUACCGUCGAUGCGACGCCCACCCCCCCGAAGCGACCAAGAUUGUCGGAUAUCACAGCUGUCAAGGAGGACCAGGAUAUUUUUCUGUACGACGCACGUUCGGAAAUGGUGAAUCAACUGGAAAGCGCUCUCCAGAUGGAGCAGCGACUGAGAUCCGAUGCCGAAGACAUGAUCGAAUUCUUGAAACUGGAAUGCCAUUUCAAGCGAUGCACCUGUCGCUUGCUGGAGCACGCAGAAAAGGAGGCCAGAAGCACCCAAAACAUAGAGAACUCCAACACGCCACAUCUUGUGGACACGAUCGAAAUUUCAAAGGAAACUCCGCGGCCAUCCAAGAAUGCCAACUCGCAAUUGCCCGAAGAAGCGCAGCCCCAACAGUUCGACAGAGGCUCUUCACCAGACCGCACCCCGAAGAACUCAUAUAACACAAACGCCGCUAAAGCCCAGAAGCCCAACCCCCUACAACUCAUUGAACUUACGCAAGAAUUCAACGAGCAUCGCAUGCUUGCCGAGCCCAAGAACAUCAGCCGUUCGUCCAGUCCCGAUGAGAUUGUUGAAGAGCCUGAGCCCGCUCAGACGGACGAGCAAAGCGAUGAUGACGACGAUGAGCCCGGAGAGCCUUUGAUCACGUUUUCACCUGAGACGGGGACAUUCCAUACCAUCCCAUCUCCAGUCCGACUCGCCGCCGCCUCCCAGGAGCAACGCCUACCGGGCAGCCCUCUGGCGAAAGUUCAAAACGCCCGACAAGACACGCCGCCUGAGAUUUUUCAAACCGAAGCGUCGCCUCCUGGCUCUCCCACACCAGCCAUUAUCGACGUCCCGUUUGACCCUGUACCGCCACAGUUGAACCUCUCUCAGCACGCCGAGAGCCACCAAAACAUUAGAAAAAUUCCCUUGCGCCUUGAUGACCCCCCAGCGCAGAUGCCAAUCAACCGGGAAAACGCACUCGCUCAGAUAAAGGCGCGAAGGAGCCGCACAAACCUCAACAAUAGCAAUAGCAACAACAGCGCCAGCACCAGCAGCAAUAGCAGCAACAACAUGCCAAGGUCUGUCAGCGCCAGCGAAAGCACCUUCCGAUCCGGUGGCAUGGGCAUCACUCCGAUCCGGGGUGCACGACGGAUACCGGGAGUUCAGAACUCAGACCCAAGAGAGGACAUCAGACGCCGCCGGGAUAUGAGUGCACCGAUCCGGAUGCACCACAAGUAGUGUCUUUUCUUUUUUCUUUUCUCUUAUGUUCUCAUGCUCGCUAUACGACCUCGACGGAAUGGCCUGGCCUAAAAAAAUAAGAAAAAAAGAAACCAUUUGAGCCGCCUACUCCUUAUGAUGAUAGAUACCCCUGAUGCUCCAAGCAAUGAGGCGUUAUUUCCGGGGGUGUUUGGUAUAUAUAUUUUUUUGUUUAUGGUGGUAUCAUCUGCAUAUUUUACGCGUUUGUCUUCUCUUCUCAUUUCUCAUUUUCCAUCUCAUUUCAAGUUUUUGUUAAUGAUGCUCAAUGCUUUCUUCAUUUUACUUCCUUUCCCCCAAUUUGUCACCAUGGACAAAUCUAUCUAUCUAUAUAGGUAUUGAUCCACUUAAUACUUUGCAUUCUUUUACCUCCAGUUCCUCUCGCAUAUCUUGUUCGUAUGCAUCUUUGACGCUCUUUUUUAGAUCCUGCUACUGGAUUUUUCCUUUGUUGGUUUAGAGUUGAUUUCGCUGUACAUAUAUAUCUUCG